AUGGCCCCAGCGAAAGUAGCUUUGAAGGCUAUCAAGGCUUCUCUUGAUGCCAGUCAAUUUGCCAAGGCCGCUGAACAGGCUGAAGACUUGAUCAAGGAAGACGGCAACAAUCACACAGCCCUGUUAUUUUUAGGGUUUGCGAGAGAAAAGCUCGGUGAUUUUGAUGCCGCAGAAAAGGCAAUUGAGAAAGCUGCCCAUCUCAAGCCACAAGAUGCUCAGGCAUACAAGGGUCUCAUCACACUGUACGAGAAGCAGGCCAGUCUCAAGCUCAACCAAUAUCAUGAUGCUGCUUUCCGCUUGGCAAGUUUGUACGCUCAAGCUGAUGACAGGCUCCAAUGUCAAUCGGUAAUUGACAAGUAUGAGCUAUUCGCCAAGAAAUACGGAAGUCCUUCGCAGUAUCGUAAAGCCUUGGAACUGAUACUGCCAACAUCAAACCUCUAUCCUAUUCUCGAAGGCCGCGUUCUUCAACCCAGCCUAGCGUACCAACGUAUUCUCGAAUCUGCGCAGGCUGAAGAGAAGGAAUGGAUCAAUUCCCAAAUUGGAGAGAGACGAACACGUAUAGGCUCCAAGAUCGACCAGGUGACCCGACAGGUCAAGUAUGAAGCAAUUAGCAAGUUUCAAAUCGAGCAGAAAUACGCAGCAGUUAUCGACUGGACCAGAGAUGAUGAUGCCCGUCAUGAUAUCGAACAAAAGCUCUUCCAGCGUAUGUACGACAAUCUCCUCGUACUCCCAAGCGGAGCCAAGACCGAGCAACGAGAUAAAGUCCUCAAUAUGGCAAAUGGCAUGGUAAUCAUCAAACAGCCAUAUCCACUGGCGUGGAAGAUAGCCCUUGAAUGGGUGGAUGCAGAAGAAAUCGACCAUUGGGACGUCAAUAUCUUUCGUGACUACAUCGAGUAUUUUCCCGAUGAGGGCCUCAGUAAAAUUCUCAGAGGUUUUCUUGACAGCGAUGCCUCACCCUUCCCAUACGUGCCUACAGAGGGCGAAGAGUCAAACAAUAAUGGAGAGGAUGCACCCAUCCGCCUGUCUGAAGCAGAACAAUUGAUUAUCAUGAAUGAGGGCUUGGAGGACGCAUCUGACUCACUUCUGGGCCAUCGACUGCUGGCCUAUACCUACUUGCGCCUCGAAGAAUGGCAGAGUGCAGUGGACAUCGCCCGCAAAGCGCAGACUCUACAUAUCAAUGCACAGACACAAUUCUCGAUCGACUUACAAAACAGCCUCGAUGGAGUCAACCUCAUCCUCGCAAAUACACUCAUCACCUUUCAAUCACCAAGGCAUCACCCCGAGGCCAAGGAUCUCUUCCAAGAAAUCAUUCACCGUAAACCACUGCUGACACCGGCACUCUUGGGCGUCGGACUGAUCUACGAAGACGACGAGGACCAUGCGGAGGCCGUCAAAUUCCUCGAGCAAGCCGCUCAGCGCGAUCCUGAUAAUGUCCGGAUCAAACUGGAGCUGGCGUGGUGUAGAGCGCAAAACGGAGAAGUGCAGACCGGUCUGGACGAGCUCCAGAGUGUCCUCUCGUCGAUCGAAGCAGAGAAAGUCAAGAACCAGCCCAUGAAAUCUGUCACACUGUAUCGAAUCGCCUAUUGCCUGUGGCAGAUGAAUACCUCUUCAACCGCUCGCAAAGACAAGUCUGGCCCAUAUCGCUACCUCAUAGACUCUAUCAAAUCGAACUCUAACUAUGCUCCAGCCUAUACUCUCCUUGGCAUCUACUUUCAAGACUACGGCAAGAGCAAAGCCCGGGCACGAGUAGCUUUGCAGAAAGCAUUCGAACUCUCCACAUCAGAACUCGAAGCCGCACAUCGCCUCGCUAAAGCAUUCUCAUCCACAUCGGAAUGGGACCUGGUAGAACUCGUGGCUCAACGAGUGGUCACAUCCGGCAAAGCGCGACCAGCGCCGGGAUCGAAGAAGCAGGCGUACAGCUGGCCGUACGCAGCGCUGGGAGUUGUACAGAUGAACAAACAGCAGUACACACAGAGCAUUUUGUCGUUUCAAUCCGCAUUGAGAAUCUCCCCGAAUGAUUACUAUUCCUGGGUUGGCUUGGGUGAGAGCUAUCACAGUGCAGGCCGCCAUAUUGCUGCGACGAGAGCGUUUGCCAAGGCUGAGAGCAUCGAACAUGGUCUGCCAGCUGACGAGACUUGGUUCGCGAAGUACAUGCUCGCAAACGUGCAACGAGAAAUGGGCGCUUUCGACGAAGCAAUCACUGCUUACCAGGGUGUCCUCGCUCUCAAGCCAGGCGAAUUCGGUGUGCUGAUCGCACUGCUUCAAACAAUAUCAGAAAGCGCAUGGGCAAAAGUUGCGUUGGGGAUGUUUGGCGAAGCAUCCAGACUUGCCGCUCACGCACUCGACGUUGCUGAAGAGAUCGUACUGCAGAACACCGAUAUCUUCAACCUGUGGAAGUCUGUUGGUGACGCAUGCGCUGUCCUCGGCCAUGUCAAGAAAUUCACUGCAGCCGCUGCAAAUCUCGAGACUAUCAUCUCGCUGCUACAGACUGGAGAAAAUGCCAGCUCUGACAAUCUUAGCGAGGUGGAUAAACUCGAUAUCGACCUGUUGUCCAGGAAGGACGACAAGGAAGCCGAGUCCGACGAGCUUUCAUGUCCUAACAACAACAUCGCAGAUCAAUGGCUCAUUGCAUCCGUCCUCGCGCACAAGCGUGGCGUCGCUGCAUCAGCCAACGACACCCACGCUCGAGCCGUGAGCUGGUACAAUCUUGGCUGGGCGGAACACCGAGCACAUGUCUCCAUGUCCACAUCCGACACAAGCUCUCAGCAGGGGAAGAAAUCGCAGCGCUUCCUACGCGCCGCGAUGAAAUGCUUCAAACGCGCAAUCGAGCUCGAAGCCGGAAACUCGGAGUUCUGGAACGCCCUGGGCGUUGUGACCAUGACGCUCAGCCCGAAAGUAUCGCAGCACUCGUUCGUGCGGAGCUUGCAUCUGAAUGACCACAGUGCAAGGACGUGGACUGAUCUGGGAGUGUUGUAUUUGAUCAACAACGACAAUGAGCUUGCGAAUAAUGCGUUCACGCGAGCGCAAUCUGAAGAUCCAGAGUAUGCAGAUGCGUGGAUUGGGCAGGGGAUCCUGGCGACAUUAUUUGGCAAAGUGCAGGAGGCGAGAGGAUUGUUCAUGCAUGCUUUUGAAAUUGCGGACUCGUCUCUACUCCCUGCGAAACGCUAUUUCCCUCUUUCAGCUUUCGACCACCUUCUCAAGGACCCUUCGAGAUCUCUGGAAGUCAGCACGCUUCUUCAACCGCUAUUCGCCCUGCGUCAAUUACACACCCAGACACCCGGUGACACAGUGGCCACUCAUCUGAUGGCAUUGUUCGCAGAACGAGUCAGCGACUUUUCUACCAGUGCCGAAGCUCUCGAGGAAGUAUGCGCUGCAGCUGAAGCGGAAUACGAGAAAUCCGAGUCCAACGAGUUAUUAGUGAGAUUCGCCCAGGCCAAAGCAGAUCUCGCUCGAGUACAACUAGGGAAUUCCGAAUUCGAACCAGCAAUUAGCAAUGCGGAGACGGCUCUUGACCUCUCUGGCGACGCGGAUGACUUCGGUCCUGCGUACGCUGACAUCCGACGCAAAUGGAGGCUCUCGGCACACAUCACAGCUGGUCUUGCGCACAGCCAUCUCAAAGGAGUCGAAAACUCGAUCAAGUUGUUCCAAGCUGCGCUCGAGGAAUCCGACCACGCUCCGGACGUGGUGUGCAUGCUGGCUCAGGUCUUGUGGGCGAAAGGUGGCGAAGCGGAGAAGGACGCAGCGCGGUCUCAGCUGUUUGACGUGAUUGAAAGUCACCCAGAUCAUGUCCAAGCAGUCGCAUUGCUGGGGGUCACGGGCCUGCUCGACGCGGAUGAAGAUGUGCUGGAGGCGGUAGAGGACAGCCUGAAGACGUUGAGGCAGAGUGAUAACAUCACUGUGUUUGACAAGAUCCAGGUCACGAAAGUCCUAGCAGGUCUCAUUGGCUGCAAUUCCCAGCGUCGCGAUGGCUCACAAAGUAAAGAGGAUCGAAUGGCUGUCGUUACCGACGCGCUCUAUGGGAUCAUGCUCGCGCCCAGUCAACCACAAGGCUGGAUGGAAUUGUCCCAGGCAGUGGGAGGGGACGCCGCAUCCGACUCAUCGUAUGCUGCUGAGAUGGCAGUGCUCAACGGACACAAAAUGGUGCCUCCGGGUGGAAGUCUUGCUGCUGACGAUCUGUCGAGAGCAUAUGAAGGCACGGGCCGUGCUGAAGAUUUGUUGAAGGCGAAGAUGUUGGCGCCGUGGGUUGUGGACAUCGCGGUCGAUUCAUCAUAG